UCGUGUUUAAAGAACAUAACCUCCACUCGCGAGUCAAAAGCAGUCAAAAGCUCAAACGAAAAGUAUUUAGUGAUUUACAGCAAGCAAUAAGAAGCUAGAGCGAACGAAAGCGUGAAAUGUUUCUGAUUAUUCGUUAAUCAUGACGGAUAUCAUUUUAACAAGCGAGCAAACGAAGUUUAUCGAAGAAUGCGAGGAGGAGUUCAAGGACCGAUAUACAGAGAAGGAUGGUGACUUCAUGAAGAUUAAAACGCAGGAGCCAAAGAAACCACCAAUUGUAGAUCCUUGGUAUAAUAAGCCACGCAGGCACGAUUGGUCACGUCAAAAUCAAAAUCAAAAUCACGAUAGACGUAAUCAUCACUGGGAUCGUCGUAAUAAUGAAAGAAACGAGAAAUUGGAGCGACAUGCUAGUAGACACUUCAUACAACAUCGGCAAAGGAUGUAUUAAUUCAACUACGUGGAUACAAGCAC